AUUUUUGGUGAUUCCGGCCCAACUGAGAGAGAGAGAGAGAGAGAGAGAGAGAGAGAGAGAGAGUACUGAGACGGAUAUGAUUCCACCAGGGUUUCGAUUUUACCCAACAGAAGAAGAACUGGUCUCAUUUUAUCUGCAUAACAAGCUUGAAGCAAGGAGAGAGGACCUCCUACGGGUUAUGGACCGCCUUAUACCGGUUCUUGAUAUAUACGGGUUCAAUCCAUGGGAGCUUCCGCAAUUUUCAGGAGAUUUGUGCCAUGGAGAUCCUGAAGAAUGGUUUUUCUUCAUUCGAAGGCAAGAAAGCGAAGCCCGUGGAGGGAGGCCGAAGCGACUCACAAGUAGUGGAUAUUGGAAAGCUACUGGCUCUCCUUCUCCUGUUUACUCUUCCAAUAGUAAUCGUAGCAUUGGCGAGAAAAGAACCAUGGUGUUCUACGAGGGAAGGGCUCCAAGAGGACGAAAAACCGAGUGGAAAAUGAACGAAUUUAAGGCUAUGGAAGAAGAAGCAGAAGCAUCGUAUUCAAAUGGUGGACAUCCAAGGCUAAGGCAAGAAUUCAGUUUGUGUCGGGUUUACAAGAAGUCCAAAUUCGUGCGAGCAUUUGAUAGACGGCCAUCAGGAGUGGAGAUGGGUACUGAGAUGAGAGCUCAAGCAACCCCCGGCACCGAGGUCACAUCAUCACCUCAUCAAAACCCUUCAACGGCGGAGACAGUACCAUGCUCGCAUGAUAUUUUAUCCUUAGGAGACCAUGGCCAGACCUUCCAAACUGGAGAAAGUAGUUACCUGGCAAGCAUCGAUACUGAUAAUCAACCUAUUUGGGACUGGGAGCAAUUAGAAUGGUGCUACAGUGACAGGGACAAUAUUGAAAAAGUCCAAUCCGCAUAGCUAAAGAAAAGGAAGUAGUCUUGUACGUAUAUGGACAUCAAAAACAACUUCACGUUUCAUUUUCAUAUGUAAUUAUUAUCUAUAAUAUCAAUUACAUUUCCACACACACACGCUCAUGGAACAACUUCAGAACUGGGGAAGUGUUCUUAUCGUUGUAUUUUUCUUUCAAAUCAUAGUAUUGUUUAUAGUGCUCUCUCUGUAUGCGUGGAUGUAUAAACAGCUUUGUUUAGUAUGUGUAACGAGGAUUUAGCUAUUUCACUCCAGAAUGAUUAAUUCGUUACGA